GUUGAACUACUCGAAACAAAGAUGUCGGGGACGCCAGAACGUUACGCUCUCAAGGCCCUUGAUAGGCUAGAUGUCCUCAAGUCACACCUCAGCGAUGUAAAAGCUCCGCCGGGAAGGCUCACAAAAUUAUCUCGGUCACUUCAGGGCAGAAAGGCCAUUGUGACUGGAGCAGCUUCUGGAAUGGGCAGAGAGACUGCCAAAGUGCUAGCAGACGAAGGAGUUCAAGUUGCCGUCCUUGAUUUGAAUGAGGAAAAGAUCCAGGCCGUGGUAGAUGAGAUCAACGCAGUGCAUCCUGGACAAGCUAAGGGCUGGGUCUGCGAUGUUUCUGACCGCCAGCUAAUCAAGAAGAUCUGCAAGGAAAUUGUGGAAGCGUUUGGCGGUCUCGAUAUCCUAGUAAACAAUGCUGGAGUUUCGCUUGGCGGUGGAGCAUUCGACGACGACGAGUCCUUUGAGCGACGCUGGGACAAGACGCUGGACAUCAAUCUCACGUCUCUGGUCAUCUUCAUUCGAGCCUGUGUGCCAGCCUUGUUGAAGAGCGACUCUGCUCGCAUUGUUAACAUUGCAAGCACUGAGCACAUCGUUACUGGGCCGGCGAAUGCAGCAUACAGUGCAACAAAGUCCGCCGUAACUGGAUUGACCAGGUCAUUUGCUGUGGAGCUCGGAAAAUAUUCCAACAUCACGGUGAACUGCAUAUGCCCUGGACCCAUAAUUACGGGAAUGACUGCAAGAAUACCGCCCGAGCUCAAGGAAUCGUAUGCCAAGCGAAGGGUUCCGAUGAGACGUUAUGGGGACGCUGAAGAAGUUGCUCAAAUGACCGUCAACAUCUGUUUGCCUGCUUCAUCCUACUUGCACGGAACAACAAUUCCCGUGGAUGGAGGUAUGACAAUUCGACAUACGUAGGGGAUGUUUGCACUUUGGUAAACAGAGGCACCAAAAUGCUUCUUCAUGAAUGUAAAGUCGAUAGCAAAUCAAUCAACCUAAGCAUGUCACGAUGCAGUUCAGAACUCCCUGGCGAUCGAGAACCUCGGCUCAAAGCUGGGAAGGAAUCAAUACAGAUGAGCAACAUCGAACUCUUCGAUAUUAAAUUAAUUG